CAGACCACAAAUGCAUAAAAGAGGUGUUGCUAGCCCGAGUAACAAAACAAUAUCGGUAUGGGGAUGGGGAUCGACUUUGAAAACACGACCUUCGCUGUAAACGCAACACUCAGCGAUUGGAUGCCUCCAUACCCCAACAGCACGCUUUUCAGCACCAACGACAGCUCCGUUACUGCUGUCUCCACGCCGGCUUCCCCCCGAUCGAUGGGAGCCGUUGUUGGCGUGGCGAUGGUCAUGGGUCUUCUAGCCGUGGUGGGAACCGCGCUGAACGGAACGGUGAUCUUCGCUGUGGGGUUUAACAAAAGGCUCCGCACUGCCACUAGCUGGUUCGUGGUGAAUCUGGCAGCGGGAGACCUCCUGGAGACGGCUGUCUACCUGCCGUUCGGCGUCUACACUGUCAUAACCCACCGGGUUCCGUUCCAUCCCAGUGUGUGUGCCGCACUCGCCACCAUCGGCAUCUCCAACAAGUUCACCUCGCUGUCCUGCAUGGCGCUCAUCGCCUUUCACCGCUACAUGCUCAUCACCAAGCCCAGAUCCACCUACAAGGCCUUCUUCACCGCCAGAAACAACGUUCUGAUCGUCCUGCUGGCCUGGCUCGUGUCCUGGACGGCCGCCAUUCCCUUCGUGCUCGGCUACGGCUUCCUUGGGAUGCUGUCGAUUGGGGUUUGCGUCGCCUGGACAGGGCCUGUCUUGGCGACCCGUGCGGUGAUCGGGACGCUGUACGCCCUGCCACUCCUCACCAUGCUGUACAGCUACACCGCCAUCUACCGCCAUGUUCGAAACGCCUCCUAUAACCCAAACAACCCGUCUAUCCAAAACCAGCAGAAGAAAAACAUGCUCAAAGUGUCGAAGAAUCUGGCGGUUCUGGCAUGCGUGUUCUGUGUGCUAGUGGGUCCAUCCUGUGUGUUUGUGGCGUCUGGUAUGGACUGGCCACCCCCUGUGAGUUCCAUUGUCUGGAUUAUGUACUAUACUAACUGCUGUAUUAACUCUUAUCUUCAUAUCAGAAAGAACUCAGAUUUUAAAAAGACUUGCCGACGGAUGCUGAUGCGUAGCCCACCACAGAGACAGCAAAACGAAGACUGCCCGAGGCAGGCAGGUCCCAGGUCAGCUUUGGCUCAGAGGACAGAGGUUAUUUCUGAACGACCUUCGGUUCCAAAACCAUUCACCCCAGAACCUUUGACCGUGGCCAUCGGUUUUGAGCCUAGAGAACCCUGUACCUUGCCUACUGUGUCAGACUAGAUGAUGAUCGUCAACAGCGCCCCAUCCUUCUCAAUUUUUAGAUUUCUACUCGGAUUAUGUUAUGCGGAAGGCACUUCAUAAAUGUCAAGAUAG